GAUACAGAAGAUGGAGGAAAUGUGACACAGAAGCAUUUCGUAUCUUAUCCAUUUUAACGCUUAUAUAUUACAUUUUUAGUGAAAGAAUCGGGCAAUGUACGACUCUCCUUGAUGAUAUUAUCGAUUUCAACUAGUCAUGGUGCAAUUAUUUUACUACGAAAACUACGGCAAGUGUUGCAGGAAAAUUUUAAAUCAUGAAGGUUCUCCAAACAAGAUAAUGUUGUUCCCUGAUGAAGGUUGGGCUCGUAAUGCUCCUUCGGCUUAUUGGAUUGUUAAACGACCGUGGUGGAGUAGGAGUAUCUGCAAGAUUACAGAAGUUAGCGGUACUAGAAGACACGCUACAUGGGGUAAGAUUACAGAUCUUGGUAAAGGAACUAUGUAUAUCAAAGGGAAGUUUAAAAAGAGUGAUGAACCCGAUUGCAAAAUGUAUUUGACAUCUCACGUUUCCACUAAUGAUUUUCGUAUGGGUUAUAGUAUGACUGGAAUAUUGGAAAGAGGUAAUAAGAAGAACGGUAAAUUACAAUUUACUCAUUUUGCUAUGAUACGAAGAAGAGAUCACGAAAAUGCCAAAUAGAUUUUAAUUUUAAAAUAAUUUCAUUAUUAUUAUUAUUAUUUUUUAGUUUAAUGCACAAUUAUCAUUAUUUAAUUUUAAAUUGUAGCAUUUAAAAUGUUACAUAACACUAAUCAGAAUGAAAUUUUGUUAUCUGAUAAUGAUUGUAAACGAUAGCGCCUUCAUUAAUAUCCGUCGACCACUCUAAAAAAAAGAAAAAAACAAUAUUUGCAUGCGAUAAUCUUGGAUAAAUUUCUCAUGUAAUGUCUUUUUCUAACUUCAUAGAGAAAUAUUAUUAAUAAUACUUAAUUAGAUAGUUUUUAAAUGAUUAGAAUUGUAUGUAUAUCAAUAACAGUUCUGAAAGUUUGAUAUAUAUACAUAUUAUAUACAUAUAUAUAUUUGACACGGUAUUGAUUGUUCUUGUGCUAAUUUUUAAAUAUUCAUGAUUCCAGCCAAUUUACACUGAUUCUUGUAACUGUAUGCGGUAUCGGUAGUAUACGACAUGUGUAAAUACAAAAUAAAUCUGUCCAAAACGAUUAGGAAUUAAAACAUAUUUAUAAACAUUAGCUUUAAGAGUUUUUAGAUAUAUUCAUGUUUUAAAGAUUAUCAACAGAAGUACGUCGAUAAAUUCUUGUAUUUGUUAUAAUUCGAAUGAAUUUGUAAAAAUUAACCAUAAAAUGAUGUCAUUUUAAUAAAAUACA